CUUGUGGCUGGCUCAAUUUGUCAAAAGCGACAAUCCAUAAUGCACAUGGUUUGACCAGAACUUCUGUAUCUCCACUUCCACAUACACUGUAGAUUUACCCCUUUUCCCUCUGGGAAAUAGAAUUCGGUACUUGCUACUUAGCUUCAACAAAGCUCCUUCCCUUGGAAAAACCCUAACCAUUCCAGACGAAUUCCUUUCUAAUGGCCGGCCGUCUUCGUCGACAUGAAGCUGCAUCGGAAGAUAGAAUCAGCCAAUUGCCAGCAGAUGUUAAGGACAGAGUUUUGGAGUUCUUAGACACUCGAUCCGCUGCCCGAACAGCUCUGCUCUCAACUAUAUGGAAGGAUGUUUGGCUUAGUCAUGGCCGGCUUUUCUUCGAUUGGAAAUUUCACGAAUCGCUAGUCGAAAAAAGAGGUGAACCCUCGGCUUCCUUUGGGAAUAUGAUUACCAACAUUCUCUCUCUUCGUUCUGGGCCUGUUAAGAAAUUCCGGUUACAUAUCUGGAAACACGGUCCAAUCCCUCUUCAAUCUGAUAUAGAUCGAUGGUGCCUAUUUCUAUCCAGAAAUGGAGUUGAGGAAUUUAUACUCACUAUUUUCACUAUUUUUUCUCGUGGUAGAGAACGAUAUCAUCUGCCAGUUUGUAUAGUCUCCUGCCCAACCAUUAAGAAACUUCAACUUGGUACUUUGUUGAUUGAUUUCCCGGUGAAUGCUCCACAGGGUAGUAGUAUAUUCUCUGGUUUAAAAUCUGCAAGUUUUUGUUUUAUUAAUUUUGACCGUAAUGCUAGUGGAAUUAUGUAUUGUAUUCCUAACCUUGAGGAGCUGUUCCUCACGUCUUGUACUGGAAAUAAUUUGCUGAUAAAUGCUCCAAAACUGAAGACUGUGGAGGUUGUACGCCCUUUUUCGGAUGUGACCAAGUGGAAAUGGUUGGCGCUUCAUCUUCCCAUGAUUAAGAAUCUUUACUUGUCUGCCUAUUACGUUUUGCCUGGGAGUAAUGCAGCAGUAGGAGCAGCAAAUUGGCAAGAGAUGUUCCCUUCUGUAAUAAAUCUGGAAAAGAUUCAGCUGGAACUUGCUUCAACGGGGAACUUGAAUUAUGUUGUUCACGUGAUUAAAAAAUGUCCAAAGCUAUGUGAACUGGGAAUUCAUUUACCGCCUGUUUUUGUAACAUCCAAAACUAUAUUUCCUCAAGGUGAGAAAGAAGCUGCUUCAGGGAGUUCAAAAGAUCCAGAAUUUGGCUUUACUGAUCAGGAUCUGGGCAUGCUAAAAACUGUGAAGAUGGACUCAUUCCUUGCAUCAAGAGAGGAAGUACUUUUUGUCAAAGCAAUCCUUUCAAACUCUCCCGUGCUUGAAAAACUUGUUAUCAAGGAAUCGAGUUCUAUAGAUGCCUCUGAGACUUCCAAAAUCGCAAGGCAGGUGCUAUGCUUCCCUCGAGCUUCUCCAAAAGCACAGGUCGUCUACUUGAAGAACGAGCAUCCCUGGUUGUCUACUUGAAGAAUGAGCAUCCCUUUGGAAACCCAAUCAACCGUAAGAGUCUAGGGAUUAACUCUUAAAUAAUUUACUCCUAUUUACAAAUCCCUGGAGAUUUCAUUCGGACAUUUUCCCAUAUUUUUGGUAAAGUUUCCGGUUAAGAUUUUUAUUUAUGUAUGUACUUCCAUAAAUGUGAAGAGGGGAUAAUCUAAAGCUUUGUUUGGAUGGGUUGUGUAGAAGUGUUAGUAAUGGUAAUAUUAAGAGAGGGUUGACCUUAACUACUCAUCUACUCUGUAUAAGAAAGCAUUAUGCUCAUUAAAAUACAAUUU